AUGUCUGAUCCUAAUGAACUAAUUGAAAGAGCUGAUAAAAAAGGUGUUCCAUCAUCAGGUUUGAUGAAAAUUUUUGGUAGUUCUGAUUCAAGUAAAUUUGAAGAAGCUGCUGAUUUAUGUGUUCAAGCUGCCAAUUUAUAUAGAUUGCGUAAAGAAUUGUCAAAAGCUGGUGAUGCUUUAGUUAAAGCUGCUGAUUAUCAAAUUAAAGCUGGUAAUGAUGAUGAAGCUGGUAAUACAUUUAUUGAAGCUUCAAAAUGUUAUAAAAGUAGUAAUAAUGCGGGUGAAUCCAACAAAAAUGCACAAAAUGCAGCAAAUUCAUUAAGUAAUGCCAUCGAAAUUUUCACGAAAAGAGGUCAAUUUAGAAGAGGUGCCAACUUCAAAUUUGAAUUAGGUGAAUUAAUGGAAAAUGAACUACAAGAUUAUAAAUCUGCAAUGGAAUGUUAUGAAAUUGCGGGUGAAUGGUAUUCACAAGACCAAGCAUUAGCUUUAACCAACAAGUGUUUAUUAAAAUUAGCAUCCUUAAAAGCUCUUGAUGGAUCAUACCUAGAUGCUGCACAAGUCUAUUCUAAAUUGAUUCAAAAUUCAGUUGGUAAUAGAUUAAGCCAAUGGUCCUUAAAGGAAUAUUAUUUAAAAAUGGGAUUAUGCCAAUUAGCAGCUGGCGAUUCAGUUGCAGCCACAAGAACAUUACAAGAAGGGAACCAUCAAGAUUCCAAUUUUGCAGGUUCAAGGGAAUCUGCAUUACUAGAAACAUUAAUCCAAUGUGUCAAUGAUGGAGAUAGUGAAAAACUAAGUCAAACUGUUUUUGAUUAUGACAAGUUUAGUAAAUUAGAUAAAUGGUACACCACCAUUUUAUUAAAGAUUAAAGAUAGCAUAACUGAAGCAGAAGAUGAUUUGUUAUAA